AUGUGCCAGCCCAAGGGAGCAUCUCCUAGCAAGGAAAUCCACCAAGGAAAUCCACUAAGGAAACCCACCAAGGAAACCCACCAAGGAAAUCCAUCAAGGAAACCCACCAAGGAAAUCCACCAAGGAAAUCCACCAAGGAAAACCACCAAGGAAACCCAUCAAGGAAACCCACCAAGGAGAUCCACCAAGGAAACUCAUCAAGGGAACCCACCAAGGAAAUCCACCAAAGAAAUCCACCAAGGGAACCCACCAAGGAAAUCCACCAAGGGAACCCACCAAGGAAAUCCACCAAGGAAACCCACCAAGGAAACCCACCAAGGAAAUCCAUCAAGGAAACCCACCAAGGAAACCCACCAAGGAGAUCCACCAAGGGAACCCACCAAGGGAACCCACCAAGGAAACCCACCAAGGAGAUCCACCAAGGAAACCCACCAAGGGAACCCACCAAGGGAACCCACCAAGGGAACCCACCAAGGAAACCCACCAAGGGAACCCAUCAAGGGAACCCACCAAGAGAACCCACCAAGGGAACCCACCAAGAGAACCCACCAAGAGAACCCACCAAGGAAAUCCACCAAGGAAACCCACCAAGGAAACCCACCAAGGAGAUCCACCAAGGGAACCCACCAAGGGAACCCACCAAGGAAACCCACCAAGGGAACCCAUCAAGGGAACCCACCAAGAGAACCCACCAAGAGAACCCACCAAGGAAAUCCACCAAGGAAAUCCACCAAGGAAACCCACCAAGGAAACCCACCAAGGAAACCCAUCAAGGAAACCCACCAAGGGAACCCACCAAGGAAACCCACCAAGGAAACCCACCAAGGAGAUCCACCAAGGGAACCCACCAAGGAAACCCACCAAGGAAACCCACCAAGGAAACCCACCAAGGAAACCCACCAAGGAAACCCACCAAGGAAACCCACCAAGGAAACCCACCAAGGAGAUCCACCAAGGGAACCCACCAAGGAAACCCACCAAGGAAACCCACCAAGGAAACCCACCAAGGGAAUCCACCAAGGAAACCCACCAAGGAAACCCACCAAGGGAAUCCACUAA